AAGACCAAAUGAACCCACAUGGAAAGCUACUAUAUCAAACUUUUUAUAGAGGCAUUCCUUUCUUCUCUUCUGUAGUGUGAAUCAUUAAUUCGCAUCCAAAGCUGCCAGCGAUUCUUUUCUUGUCGACAAUGUCUCCUGCUUGCAGUAGUUGUGAUGUCUGGAGAUAUUCUGUGAGACCUCUGAUUUUGUUUCUUCUUCUCUUUGUGGAAUUGUAUGAUGCAAGGCCUCCAGAGGUGAGGAUUGGGGGAGUCUUUGAUUUGGGAAGCUAUCAAGGUAAACAAUCAAAUGUAGCCAUACAAUUGGCCAUUCAAGAUGUCAAUAACAAUCCCAAUAUUCUUAAUGAGACCAUUCUUCAGAUUCAGACUACAAAGAUAGGAAGCUCUGCUCUCAUAGAUGCUGAAAAUGUCCUGAAAUUGUUCAGAGCGAACGUUGUAUCUGUUGUCGCAACAAUGACAGCGCAAGUCUCCAACUUUGUUUCUGUCCUAGCUGAUUCUGCGCAAGUACCACUCAUUACAUUUGCUGGCAAUGAUCCCUCCAUGUCCUUAAAACAAUCUGCAUAUUCAAUUCAGAUGAUUGGGAGGGAUGUACUACCAAUGAAGGCAAUAGCUGUCUUACUGAACAAGUUUCACUGGAGAGAAAUAGUGGUCAUAUAUCAGGAAGAUGAAUUGGGUCUCAGCGGGAUUCUAGCCUUAAAGAAUGCACUACAAGAAACCUCUGCGAGAAUAGUACAAAAGUUUGGAGUAUCUGAGGAGUCUUUCAGUAACUCUUCUUGGAAACAUAUUGGGAAGACACUGAAAGAAAACAACAUUAGGAGUCGCGCUUUUGUUAUACAUACUAGUUAUGGAUUGGCCCAGAAAAUCUUUUUGGAGGCAAAAACUUCAGGCAUUAUGGAGAAGCGGGGAUGGGCUUGGAUUGUUACAGAGUGGGUAGCGAAUUAUUUGGAUGUUCCAGAUGAUACGACUAUGGAUUCAAGGCAAGGAAUAAUUGGGGUUCGCACAAAAGGUAGGCAAACUCCACAGUACAAGAAUAUCAGCAAGAGAUGUAAUCAUGAAUUCAUGAGGUUGUAUCCAAAUGUAACUCACUCUGAAGACAUUGGCAUAGUUGGAGCCUAUGCUUAUGAUUCUAUCUGGGUAAUAGCUAAAGCUAUUGAUACUAUGUUCAGAGUCAACAAACUUACUGAAUUGGAAUUUAAGUCUUCAGAGAAAUUUUCGACAGAUGUGCAUGUCUUUCAGGGAGGGAAUGCCCUGCUUCAGAAAGUAGCUCAGAGCAAUUUCGAAGGAAUUGGUGGUAAUAUAAAAUUCAGCAAAAAUAGGCUUCUUGAAGUCGAAUCAUAUGACAUUGUUAAUGUAGUCAACAGGGAGAUCAGAGUUGUAGGAUCGUGGGCAAAGAAAGAAUUCAAAUUGAAAGAUAAUAUAGAGUGGCCAAAUGGAUCUCCAAAACCGCCUUCUGGCUACAGAAAGUUUAUAGUAGGAGUCCCCCCACAUGUUGUGUUUCCUGGAUUUGUGAACAUCACAAACAAUAACACAGAAUUUGAGGGGUUCUGCAUAGCUGUAUUUAAGAGUGCUGUGGAGAUGCUUGAUUAUCCUUUUCACUAUGAAUUUCAAGUGUCGGAUAAUGGCACCGAAUGUCCAGAUUAUAGCAAGCUUGUAGACCAAGUAGUGAGUAAGAAAUUUGAUAUAAUUGUAGCUGAUAUUACAAUACUCGCAGAGCGCUCUGCAAAGGUUGAUUUUACACAGCCAUAUACUGAUACAGGGCUGGUUAUCAUGGUGCGUACUAAGAAAAAACAGUAUUCUGGCUGGGCCUUUCUACAUCCUUUUACAAUACCCAUGUGGAUUACUGCAGCAGCAUUUGUUCUUCUCACUGCAUUUCUUGUUUGGCUAUUGGAACGAGAUGAGAACGACGCUUUCACAGGACAGCCUACCAAGCAAAUGCAAAUUUCCCUCUGGUUUUCAUUUUCAACACUUGUAUUUGUUCAUAGAGAGAAGGUUAUGACAUCUCUUGGCAAAGUUAUUUUGAUAAUCUGGCUGUUUGUAGUUCUAGUCUUAAAUUCAAGCUACACAGCUAGCCUCGCAUCCAUUCUCACUGUUCAGCAACUUUCCCCAGCAAUACGAGACAUAGAGUCACUCAGAGCAAACAACGCCUCCAUUGGGCAUUUGAAUGGUUCAUUUGUCAGAGAUUAUCUGAUCAAUGAGCUAAAAAUUGACGAGAGAAGAUUGUUACCUCUUGUCAAUCCAGAAGACUACGUCAAUUCACUAAGGAAUGAGACAAUUGGGUCUGUAGUUGAUGAGACUCCAUACAUCAACAUGCUAAUGUCACAGCAUUGUGGUGAAUUUGAGAUUGUGAGUCGGCCAUUCUACAAAGGAGGAUUUGGGUUUUUAUUUGCCAAAGGGUUUCCAGUUGUUGGGGAAAUGACAUCUGCAGUGCUGAAAAUUAUUCAGAACAAAACAGAGCUAGACAAACUUCGCAGGCACUGGUUUGGGCGUUAUUCUUCUGAUCCAUGCAAUAAUGACAACGGCGGGAUAUCUGAAGAAGACACGGUAGAUGAUGGUGGGAAGUUGAGUCCACGCAGGUUUUGGGGUUUGUUCGUCAUCUCAUCAGCGUUAUAUUGUGUAAUCAUGUCCGCCCACGUCGGACAAAAGUAUUAUAAGAAAAGACUAGUUAGCACAAGAGUGGAGAAUGUUCAGUCCCCACCUCCCGAUAGCCCUUUGCCUGCAACUGAAUUCAUACCUGCAAAUUCAGAUCUAUCCCGUUCAUCUGGUCAGUUCGAUACAAAUAAUAACAAUGCAACUUCAAAUGGUGUGCGCUAUCGAAGAUCUUUCUCAGCUUAAUGUUAUUGAGCUUUGAAAUAAUGGCAUCUUCUUUUGAACUGUCCAAAAAACGAUGCUCUGUAGUAAAUUGAUAAUUUUUAAUUGUGUAUAGGCCUAAAAGGUUCAGUCUAAGACUCCUAGUCUUCAUUGAAU